GCAUUACAGUGGGGGCCGACACGAUGCAAACACCAUGGCCGUUCACUCGGGUUACCCCGGGGGCUGGUGCGGGUGAGCAGCUCGAGCCCCGGCCUGUCUCUCAGGGACUCUCGGCUCUCAGCCUGGAGCUGUUCCCUCAAACGAAAGCUCCGCACCGUACCGUGUUCAGUGCGUUUGGAACGGCCCAUGGCGCCCCUGUACCUCUCUGCCCCAGGCCGCGGGGCGGGCCCGUCCCGCUCGCUGCCGGGCCUGGAGCCCCGCCGGGGCGGGACGCGCUGGCAGCCCGGCCCCGCGGAGGCUGUGGCGGCGCGAUGGUGGAGGCCUGGUACAUGGACGAGUCCCAGGAGGAUCAGCGGGCGCCGCACCGGCAGCGGCCCAACCGCGCCGUCAGCCUGGAGCAGCUGCGCCGCCUCGGCGUGGUGUACCGCAGGUUGGAUGCUGAUAACUAUGAGACUGAUCCAUGCUUGAAAGAGAUUCGGAGAGCAGAAAAUUAUUCUUGGAUGGAUAUAGUGACCAUACAUAAAGACAAGCUUCCAAAUUAUGAGGAAAAGAUAAAAACAUUUUAUGAAGAACAUUUACACCUCGAUGAUGAAAUUCGCUACAUCCUGGAGGGAUCUGGCUAUUUUGAUGUUCGAGACAAGGAUGACAAAUGGAUUCGGAUUUCCAUGGAAAAAGGAGACAUGAUAACCCUCCCUGCUGGCAUAUAUCACCGAUUUACACUGGAUGAGAACAAUUACGUGAAGGCAAUGAGGCUGUUUGUUGGAGAGCCCGUCUGGACUGCGUACAACAGGCCGGCCGACGAUUUUCCUGCCCGGAAACAGUACAUGAAGUUUUUGGCUGAAGAAGCACAUAAUGGUGUCUGAGACCUGACAGAGGGAACAUCCCGAAGCCCUGUCAGAAUAAAUGUGCCUUGCUGCUUUUCACUGAUUAAAUUUGCAUUUACAUAGGAAAUUGGAAUCGCAGAAUCAUAGAAAAAUUUAGAUUGAAAGGCCAUUUGGAGGUCAUUUAGUCCAACCCUGUGAAUUACUAUGCCAGUUUUAAAUCUAGAUCAUGUUGCUCAAGAUGUUUGGAAACUUCUGGUGAUGGAGGUCGCACAGCCUGUCUGGGUGCUGGCUCCAGCACUUAGCUGCUCCCAUGGCCAAGCAUUUGUUCUUCAUAGCCAACUCCCUGGUUGCAGUUUGGAGUUGUUGUCUAUUGCUCUUUCUCUGCAUGUCUGGCUCUGUCUUCUUCACAGUCCCUGCUCUAGUAGGAAGCUGUAGUUGGGUUUCCUCUGAGCCUUCUCCUCUCCAGGCUGCACAGAGCCCUUUGGCUGGGCUCCCUUCUGUUAAGUAAGAUGUUCAACAUCUUUUGCCCCAGUUCUGGUGACUGAGGGAUGUCACUUGUAACCAUGUGAUAGUUUAGUUUGAACCACAGACUGUUUUGAGCCCAGUGGACCCAAGUUCUUUAUCCACCCAGUAGUUUGUAUCCUAAGUCAGGCUUCAAGGCUGCUGUGGGACACACUAGUGAAAGCCUUGCUGGAGUCAAGGGGAAUGGCACCUGUGGUGUCCCCUCUGCUGCAGAGCCAUUGCUCCUGGCAGUCGGCAUCAAUCAGAAUGUGCCCUUGAUGAAUUGGCAUUGACUGGUUGCUCCUCAUCACCGCCUCAUCCUGGUAUUUCUUGUGCCUGGAACACCUUCCAUAAUGGCUUAUUCUGUAACAUUCCUGGGGACUGAAGCAGGGCUGAGCAGCCUGCAGUUCCCCAGAUGUUCUUCUGUGCCUUUUUGAAGGUGGCAGUAUUAUUUGCCUUUUUCUGCUCAAAAAGGUUUUCCUGAUCUCUGUGACCUUUCAAAGAUGCCAGCAGCCUUGCAGUGACAUUAGUCACAUUUACAGUUGCUCAGGAAUCCAUUUUCUAACCUUUUUUUUUUCUUGGUAUUUCUGGCAGGUAGAAUUGUGAGAGGUGGGCUACAUUAAUAUUCAUUUUGCUCAGAAUCCAUGCUAAUGAACUACGUAGGAUUCUGGUUUUAAUUAAAGAAAAGAAACUCUCCUUCAUUCUUGUCUAAAAAUGUUCAUAAGAUAAAUUUGCAUAAUCAGCAAUUUAGUAUGCAGCUUUCCAAGUUCUGCCCUGGUACAUAAAACUGUGAUUUUUCUCAGUAAAAUGUAGCAAAUUUGUUCUUGUGAGUUAUUAAUAAAAUUACUUUGAUCUGGGUAUGUU